CAUUGGCUGCACCCGCUGUCGGGCAGUGCGCGGUUGCGCGGCAUUGGCCCAGCGGCGCGCGGCCCCGCCCCCGCCCCGCCCCGAGCCUGGGUCCUGUGUGUGCCACAGGGGUGGGGUGUCCAGCGAGCGGUCUCCUCCUCCUGCUAGUGCUGCUGCGGCGUCCCGCGGCCUCCCCGAGUCGGGCGGGAGGGGAGAGCGGGUGUGGAUUUGUCUUGACGAACUAAACUUCCAGAUGGCAAACUCAACGAAUGGCAGAAACCCUGGUGGUCGAGGAGGAAAUCCCCGAAAAGGUCGAAUUUUGGGUAUUAUUGAUGCUAUUCAGGAUGCAGUUGGACCCCCUAAGCAAGCUGCCGCAGAUCGCAGGACCGUGGAGAAGACUUGGAAGCUCAUGGACAAAGUGGUAAGACUGUGCCAAAAUCCCAAACUUCAGUUGAAAAAUAGCCCACCAUAUAUACUUGAUAUUUUGCCUGAUACAUAUCAGCAUUUACGACUUAUAUUGAGUAAAUAUGAUGACAACCAGAAACUUGCCCAACUCAGUGAGAAUGAGUACUUUAAAAUCUACAUUGAUAGCCUUAUGAAAAAGUCAAAACGGGCAAUAAGACUCUUUAAAGAAGGCAAGGAGAGAAUGUAUGAAGAACAGUCACAGGACAGACGAAAUCUCACAAAACUGUCCCUUAUCUUCAGUCACAUGCUGGCAGAAAUCAAAGCAAUCUUUCCUAAUGGUCAAUUCCAGGGAGAUAACUUUCGUAUCACAAAAGCAGAUGCUGCUGAAUUCUGGAGAAAGUUUUUUGGAGACAAAACUAUCGUACCAUGGAAAGUAUUCAGACAGUGCCUUCAUGAGGUCCACCAAAUUAGCUCUGGUCUGGAAGCAAUGGCUCUAAAAUCAACAAUUGAUUUAACUUGCAAUGAUUACAUUUCAGUUUUUGAAUUUGAUAUUUUUACCAGGCUGUUUCAGCCUUGGGGCUCUAUUUUGCGGAAUUGGAAUUUCUUAGCUGUGACACAUCCAGGUUACAUGGCAUUUCUCACGUAUGAUGAAGUUAAAGCACGACUACAGAAAUAUAGCACCAAACCCGGAAGCUAUAUUUUCCGGUUAAGUUGCACUCGAUUGGGACAGUGGGCCAUUGGCUAUGUGACUGGGGAUGGGAAUAUCUUACAGACCAUACCUCAUAACAAGCCCUUAUUUCAAGCCCUGAUUGAUGGCAGCAGGGAAGGAUUUUAUCUUUAUCCUGAUGGGAGGAGUUAUAAUCCUGAUUUAACUGGAUUAUGUGAACCUACACCUCAUGACCAUAUAAAAGUUACACAGGAACAAUAUGAAUUAUAUUGUGAAAUGGGCUCCACUUUUCAGCUCUGUAAGAUUUGUGCAGAGAAUGACAAAGAUGUCAAGAUUGAGCCUUGUGGGCAUUUGAUGUGCACCUCUUGCCUUACGGCAUGGCAGGAGUCGGAUGGUCAGGGCUGCCCUUUCUGUCGUUGUGAAAUAAAAGGAACUGAGCCCAUAAUCGUGGACCCCUUUGAUCCAAGAGAUGAAGGCUCCAGGUGUUGCAGCAUCAUUGACCCCUUUGGCAUGCCGAUGCUCGACUUGGACGACGAUGAUGAUCGAGAGGAGUCCUUGAUGAUGAAUCGGUUGGCGAAUGUCCGAAAGUGCACUGACAGGCAGAACUCACCAGUCACAUCACCUGGAUCCUCUCCCCUUGCCCAGAGAAGAAAGCCACAGCCUGACCCACUCCAGAUCCCACAUCUAAGCCUGCCACCAGUGCCUCCUCGUCUGGAUCUAAUUCAGAAAGGCAUAGUUAGAUCUCCCUGUGGCAGCCCAACAGGUUCACCAAAGUCAUCUCCUUGCAUGGUGAGAAAACAAGAUAAACCACUCCCAGCACCACCUCCUCCCUUAAGAGAUCCUCCUCCACCGCCACCUGAAAGACCUCCCCCAAUCCCACCAGACAAUAGACUGAGUAGACACAUCCAUCAUGUGGAAAGCGUGCCUUCCAGAGACCCGCCAAUGCCUCUUGAAGCAUGGUGCCCUCGGGAUGUGUUUGGGACUAAUCAGCUUGUGGGAUGUCGACUCCUAGGGGAGGGCUCUCCAAAACCUGGAAUCACAGCGAGUUCAAAUGUCAAUGGAAGGCACAGCAGAGUGGGCUCGGACCCAGUGCUUAUGCGGAAACACAGACGCCAUGAUUUGCCUUUAGAAGGCGCUAAGGUCUUUUCCAAUGGUCACCUUGGAAGUGAAGAAUAUGAUGUUCCUCCCCGACUUUCUCCUCCUCCUCCAGUUACUACCCUCCUCCCUAGCAUAAAGUGUACUGGUCCGUUAGCAAAUUCUCUUUCAGAGAAAACAAGAGACCCAGUAGAGGAAGAUGAUGAUGAAUACAAGAUUCCUUCAUCCCACCCUGUUUCCCUGAAUUCACAGCCAUCUCAUUGUCAUAAUGUAAAACCUCCUGUUCGGUCUUGUGAUAAUGGUCACUGUAUGCUGAAUGGAACACAUGGUCCAUCUUCAGAGAAGAAAUCAAACAUCCCUGACUUAGGCAUAUAUUUAAAGGGAGAUGUUUUUGAUUCAGCCUCUGAUCCAGUGCCAUUACCACCUGCCAGGCCUCCAACUCGGGACAAUCCAAAGCAUGGUUCUUCACUCAACAGGACGCCCUCUGAUUAUGAUCUUCUCAUCCCUCCAUUAGGUGAAGAUGCUUUUGAUGCCCUCCCUCCAUCUCUCCCACCUCCCCCACCUCCUGCAAGGCAUAGUCUCAUUGAACAUUCAAAACCUCCUGGCUCCAGUAGCCGGCCAUCCUCAGGACAGGAUCUUUUUCUUCUUCCUUCAGAUCCCUUUGUUGAUCUAGCAAGUGGCCAAGUUCCUUUGCCUCCCGCUAGAAGGUUACCAGGUGAAAAUGUCAAAACUAACAGAACAUCACAGGACUAUGAUCAGCUUCCUUCAUGUUCAGAUGGUUCACAGGCACCAGCCAGACCCCCUAAACCACGACCCCGCAGGACUGCACCAGAAAUUCACCACAGAAAACCCCACGGGCCUGAGGCAGCAUUGGAAAAUGUCGAUGCAAAAAUUGCAAAACUCAUGGGAGAGGGUUAUGCCUUUGAAGAGGUGAAGAGAGCCUUAGAGAUAGCCCAGAAUAAUGUCGAAGUUGCCCGGAGCAUCCUCCGAGAAUUUGCCUUCCCUCCACCAGUAUCCCCACGUCUAAAUCUAUAGCAGCCAGAACUGUAGACACCAAAAUGGAAAACAAUCGACAUAUUCCAAGAGUGUGGAAAUAAAGAGAACUGAGAUGGAAUUCAAGAGAGAAGUGUCUCCUCCUCGUGUAGCAGCUUGAGAAGAGGCUUGGGAGUGCAGCUUCUCAAAGGAGACCGAUGCUUGCUCAGGAUGUCGACAGCUGUGGCUUCCUUGUUUUUGCUAGCCAUAUUUUUAAAUCAGGGUUGAACUGACAAAAAUAAUUUAAAGACGUUUACUUCCCUUGAACUUUGAACCUGUGAAAUGCUUUUCCUUGUUUACAAUUUGGCAAAGUUGCAGUUUGUUCUUGUUUUUAGUUUAGUUUUGUUUUGGUGUUUUGAUACCUGUACUGUGUUCUUCACAGACCCUUUGUAGCGUGGUCAGGUCUGCUGUAACAUUUCCCACCAACUCUCUUGCUGUCCACAUCAACAGCUAAAUCAUUUAUUCAUUUGGAUCUCUACUAUCCCCAUGCCUUGCCCGGGUCCAGUUCCAUUUCUCCCAUUCACAAGAUGCUUUAAAGGUUCUGAUUUUCAACUGAUCAAACUAAUGCAAAAAAAAAAAAAAAAGUAUGUGUUCUUCACUACUGAGUUUCUUCUUUGGAAACCAUCACUAUUGAGAGAUGGGAAAAACCUGAAUGUAUAAAGCAUUUAUUUGUCAAUAAACUGCCUUUUGUAAGGGGUUUUCACAUAACAUAGAGGAGCUUCCCUUUUUUGUUUAAGUUUUGUAACCUUUAAUCCUCCAUAUUCUCAUGUCUGUCAUCCCAGGGGUGUCACAACUGUAAAAAUCUACAAUAUUAGAAAGCAGCUACUACAGAUGUGGAAGAGAUAACACUUGUAUAAGACAGUGCUGUACUGAAGUUAAAUAACAAGGUCCCCUGAUAUUUAUGCCUGCAUUACUUUGAGGGAUACUGAAUGAGAGGGCCAUCUCCCUUAAAUAUAUUAAUAAUUUUCAGAUAAAAUUAUGGACAUAACAUGCCUUUUCUGAAGUAGAAUUAGAGUUCAUUUCCCAUUUAAGUGAUUACACUCUAGCUCCUAAGAGCUGUGGGAACCAGUUCAUAUUGCAGUGGAAACAUUAACUCUUUGUUGCACUGUUAAGUGUCAAGGCUACUGUGGCAAUGUUUUUUGCAAAGUUCUCAGUAAUUUCCUCUCUGCAAUCAAAUUAGAGUUCAUAUUUAAUUUGCAGGUUCUCUCAUUCAUUGCUCCACACUGCUUUAUCAAAUCAGGUGAAAGAAAUUAAUAUAGUUUUGCCUUUUUUACAAAAUGGUGGUUGGUUCUUUAGACACCAUGUUAUUAUUGUUAAUAAAUCUACAAAUAUUUAUUGAGCAUCUAUGACGUGCUUGGUGCUGUUAAGCACUGUGUUUUUAAAGCGCAGACUCUCAAAAGCUGAUUCCAGCGUAAUGUUUUAUUUUUGUUUUUCUGUAUUUUUUAUGACAAAGUCUGUCGUGUAGACAAAGCCUGGAAGGUUUCCCCCAGAGCUUUAGAAUUUAGAAUUAGCUGGUUUUCAUUUCAAAUGAGAAAUUAAUGGAGAAAUGAGAUAAAAUCGUCUCUGUAUAAAUGCUUGAACCCACAGAAAGUUUUCUAAAUACGGACCAAUUGUGGUUUGUGCAUAUUUCUGUGUCUCCUCUUUUCACUUCACACCCACCAUGAUAUACAAAGAUGCAUCAGAGAGUGAGCCUGCCUUCAGGACCUGAAAGGACAUGACUGAACAUCUAGUAGAUCUGGUGGAAAUUAAUGUUAUACAAAAGACACGUAGACUAAGUUGACCCUGGGAGAGGAGUUAAUACAUUCCUUCGCAAAGUGACAUGUGCCCUUUUUUUUGACAGUCUGGCUGUCAUGGUAUGAGAUGAGGACUCACAGGCCUUGGGUAAUUUCUGCUUUUGUAUGAAUUUUUUCAGAUGGUUCUGAGCUGGUUAUGUCCCUGGAGGGGAAUUUUUCGUUUGCCUUAGAUGUUCUUCCCAUGAGUAGGUAUAUGAGUGAAGUUUCUUACACUUUUAAAAUUGCAUUGGCAAAUUUUCUUUUGCUUUAUGAACCCCUGUUUUGUCAUUAUGAUUUUUCACUUGUUUUAACAGUUUCAGAUGUCACCUUGGAAUAGCACUGUUUAUUUUGGCCUUUUUAUGAUUGCUGAUGAUAGGCACAGUCUAAAGGCCAAAAGUUGCCACUUCAUAGUGAUAACAUUAUUACAACAUUCCUAAUAGAUUAGAGAAUGAUGUAAAAUAAGAAUGUUAGAGAACAUAGCACAUUCUCAUUCAGUUUAUAAAUAAUAUUUGAAAAUUUCCAGUGAGAAUUAAAAAAGAAGGACUGGUGAUGAUAUAGCAAACCUGGACCUGAAAUUUGGGGGGGUGGUGGGGGGAUAUCUAUUUUGCAGAGAAAAUUUACCAGCCUCCAGCAAAAUCUCUGCAUCUUGUACUCAACAGCAACCAUUUGUAUUGUCAUUUAAAAAGAAUGAAUCAAAAAUUCAUACAGAAUGGAAUGAAAAGAGGAAAACUUUCUAUUAAACACUGUCAAGAAAGACCCAUUGCUAUCUAUCACCUAUGAAAUUAAACCUAAAAAAAACUUUUUUUGAGAAAAAUAAUUAAACAAAAUUUUUUUUUUAUUGUAAAAGCGACUGCUUGUUGAUGUUUGGAAGUGAUCCAGACUUUGUUUCACUGUGAUCCAAAAAGUUAGACAUUCCUUCCAUUUCUCAAGAUUUGGUAACAAAUAUUUUUUUAAGUCAGCAUUUCAUAUAAUACAUAAAAUUAAGACAAAUUAAUUUAUUGAUACGUGGCCAAUAUCAACCCUUCUCACCCAACACAAACAUGUUCUGGAGGUAGAAGGACUUAUCCUCAAUUAUAUUCCAGUAAAUUUAUCUCCAUAAUCUGUUUUUUCCCCUAAUGUAUGAUAUAUCUCACCAAAUUUUUCUAGAAUUGAAUAAAAGCAGUUUUUGCUUAACUUGAAUUUCCUUCCACAAAUAGGACCUUCAGCUCUUCCCUCUCCAUUUCCCUUUUGCCCACAUUGCAAAUAGUCUUCAUAAUAGAGCCCUCACUGCAACUUAAAAGGGUCCCAUUUGUUAACUCAGCAUUUCAUAUACCAAGAACACUUGCAAAGAUUUCUUCAUAAUGUGAUUUUUUAAUUUUUCAGUUCCAGAAGCAUUUCCUACAGUUUGAACGUUAUUUUUUCUCUCAGAUUUUCAACUUGAAGCUCUGACUUGCACUGAAUUAACUUGGAUAAAAUUUUAGUUUCUCUCUUCAGCUAACAGAUUUGGAAGCAAAUUACAGUAUAUUUGAAUAAUUCAGGUACUACCUGUUGACCUGGAAUUUUAGUGAUUCUGGGAACGUUUUCCAGACAAAGACACCAAUAGAGUGAAGGGUUUUUUCCCCAAUUACUAUUUUAUUGUUUUUUAAAAUGCCUUUUUAAAACUUCUGUAAUGUGGCAGAAUAGUCAUAUGUUCAAUUAAUUUAUAUUUUAUUCAUUCCUUUUCAAUUAUGGUUAUUAUGUAACCUCAAGUACUUUAUCUGUUCUUUUAAAGUAUUUUAUAAAAUGAACGUUAACUAAA